GGCCACACUACUGUCAUCGGCAAAGAAGACACUUCAAACAUUACAUUUCGAUCGUAAUGUUUACGAAAAGCGGUUUACAACACUAUGGCUUUGAACAAAUUUAUGCAUCCGCGUAAUAUUUACAAUACACCAGCCGAUUUUGCUAAAUUAGCCGAUGAAUUUGAAGAAUUUCGAGCGAUAACCAAAACGAAUGACAAAGGAAAGGUUCACAUUGAUUUCAAAGAUGAAACAGCACUGAAAACAUUGACGACCUGUCUGUUGAAACGGGAUUUUAAAUUAACAGUGCAUUUACCACCAAAGCAAUUGGUGCCAACGUUGCCACUGAGAUUGAACUAUAUUUUAUGGAUUGAAGACAUCGUGAGAACGUUUAAAUUUGACAAUGUGAUUGGUCUGGAUAUCGGCUGUGGUGCAUCAUGUAUUUACCCAUUGUUAGCAGUGCAAACCAAUCCGAAUUGGCGCAUGUUUGCCAUUGAAUUGAAUGAAGAGAGUGUGAACUAUGCGCGUAAAAAUGUCGAUCAAAAUGGAUUGAGUGAACGUAUUAAAGUCAUCGACUGUGCAUCCAAGGACGAUCCAUUCGAUGCACUUGACCAGUGUAAGGAGUGGGAACGAUUCGAUUUUACCAUGUGUAAUCCACCAUUUUUCAAAGACGACCAUGAUUCGGAUGAUGACACAGCGAAAGAGACAAGCAAACGAAAGCCAGCAAACAAUGCAAAAACUGGCAUCAGUUGCGAAUUGACCACCACUGGUGGCGAAGUUGAAUUCGUUAAAAAGAUCGUGCAACGAAGCAAUCAGUUCAAGAAAGUGGUCAAUGUGUUUACCACAAUGCUAGGCCAUAAGACGAGCAUUCAACCGAUUAUGCAAGAGUUGAAGAGUCACGGUAUUACAAACUAUUGUACUAGCGAAUUUUGUCAAGGCUGGACCAAACGAUGGGGUGUCGCCUGGACAUUUCGAAAUGACUUACUUUUACGAACUGUACCGGUUCUUGGACAGACACAACCGAAAUCACCACAACGAUUCCUACCCGAUGAUGUUGACGAUCCAGAUAUUGCCACAAAGAAGCUAUGUCGAAUUCUGUGCGAAUUAUCCGACACAAAAAUAACGAAUCUGGAGGAAAUCGAAUCAGGGUCACGCUUUCAAUUUAUUGCACUCACCGAUUCAUGGAAGAAUCAAAGACGAAAGCGACGACAGCAAGCCAGAGAACAUCAAAACACUGAUGGCAAAGAGAAGCAAAGUGCAGAAAGAACGGAUGAAUCAGAGAAACCAGAAACUAAAGUGAAAACAGAAGAGGUGAAACAAGAGGCAGAGGAAACCGAUUCUCAUCCAGCAAAGCGUAUUAAACUCGAUGAAACUCCAGUUGUGGAUCGAGUGAUGCAGAUCAUCAAUAGCAGCGAUUCACCGCCUCUAUUGCACAUUGAAGUGAGCGUUCAAUCGAAGACGCUCAAUGACCUCAAAGCCAUCGUUGACGUCAAACUUACCUAUCUCAAUGGCACGUCCAGCCUUAAUGGAGUCUAUGAACUGUUACAAUUCAUCCAAAAUAAAUGGUCGCAAUAAAAUUACCAACGAAUUUGGUACCAAAUUUUGGUAAAAUAACCAAAUCAUGAAAUUUUCUGAAAUAAAGAAUUAUUCUUGAAAUAAAAACACAUUUUUACAAGAAAA